AUGGUGCCAUCGGCACCUGUGGCGAUAAGAUCGAUAUGUGCGCCACUGUAUAAGGCUCGCUGGAUCCUUCCUAUGGCAGGCCUGUCAGCCAAUGCUUCUCAUGAUCUUGACCGUCCUCGCACUUUUGCUUGUAUUGCUAUGUUUGAGUCAAGACAUCUUAAUCUCGAUCCCUAUUUACUAAAUGAGGUCUUCCCAAUGUCCUCAGUUGACUCGCUGUUUAUCAGUGGUUCACUUUUAUGUGAUCCUUCAGAAGUUCCAGAUCAGUUUGAGCUCCUCAGAUUAAGGAGGUUUGAUAUCGGAUCAUGGAACUUGCUCUCACACGAUGAGUUUGACGGGGAGAUAAUCGAUUCCUUUCCGGGGACAUCAAUGCACCUAGCCUUCUCAGGAUAUAAGCUACCUCUUCAGACUGGUGCUAAUGAUAUGCAAGAUGUCGAUGCCUAUUUGCUAGAAUCGAUCGUCCAAGUCCGGGACAAAGGUAAAUGGGUUGCAGAUGUUGAUAUCCUCAAAGCUGUGAAACCCCAGGGCAACCUCAGCCGCGUGGGGAGGUACCGAAGCAAUGACAGAUGCGAUCACUGUGUAUCUCCAACCACGCUUGACAUACCCAUGACCGCUAUAGACACACGGGAAGAAUUGCUUGAGGGCCCUGAAAAACUAGCCGUUGCACGAGCUCAUGGCAAUUGA